AUGAUUUGUAGCUGUGCAUGGGUCAUUUUAGCACCCAUUGAUCAAAAUUCUCAAGAAACAAAACAUCAUCAAGCAGCUGCCAUUGCAAGUCGUCUUUUGAAAGAAUUAGCUGAAGAACAACUUAUAAAUAAAUAUCAACAAGAGAAUGAAUCAGAAAUUGAAAAACUAUCCGAUGAAACUGACGAAGAUUUUGAAUACAUAUCAACAACCGAUGGCUUAUAUCCGGCGCCACCUACCAUAAAUGGCGAAGAUGUGAUAUCAGAUGCAAAUGACACUAAAUAUGAUCUUCCCAUAAAUGACCUAGAUUUAAUGAAUGAUUUAGAAGAACAACAGCUUGACGAAGAUAUAGUUUCAAUCUUACACACACCAACUAUUGAUGAUAGUACAAUGAAAGUAGAAAAUCAUUCUUAA